UAUUGGAUGCGAUAUAAAGAGAAAAGGCGGUGUGUGGAAUCCACUAGCUCUAGACUACUUUCCGAACUCUGCCAACUCCAUUCUCCCAAAAAUUUCCCCAAAAUAUCUCCACCAAACCGACGUGUAGGGUCUGUGAGAGCCCCUGUUACUGUACACAGCUUACGUGAUGGAUCGACCAGACCGUGAAGAAGAGUUAUCACCCACCUCGGCCUCCGGCCGCACCUCAAGCACCGAGAAGAACAAGCCCGCCAAGAAGAAGUCCUUUUGCCUGGGGGAGGAGACAACGUCUCCUGCCGUAGUGAAGAAAAGGAAGUGUGUGAGUGACGGCUGCGUUGCCCACACUUACUCUGGCCCCGAGAAGAACAAACCUGCCAAGAGGAAGUCCCUCUGGAUGGAGGAGGAGGAGAAGACGUCUCCUGACGUAGUGAAGAAAAGCUUGUGCUCCGUUGGCCGCAGCGCCGCCGAGCACCAGGUGAGCGUUCCCGGACAACAAGGGGACGACAAGAGAAGGGAAGUCACCAAGAGACCGGCACCAGACGCCGAGCACCAAGUAAGCGUCCUCGGACAGCAAGGGGACGACAAGACGAGGGAAGUCACCAAGAGACCGGCACCAGACGCCGAGCACCAAGUGAGCGUCCUCGGACAGCAAGGGGACGACAAGACGAGGGAAGUCACCAAGAGACCGGCACCAGACGCCGAGCACCAAGUGAGCGUCCUCGGACAGCAAGGGGACGACAAGACGAGGGAAGUCACCAAGAGACCGGCACCAGACGCCGAGCACCAAGUAAGCGUCCUCGGACAGCAAGGGGACGACAAGACAAGGGAAGUCACCAAGAGACCGGCACCAGACGCCGAGCACCAAGUAAGCGUCCUCGGACAGCAAGGGGACGACAAGACGAGGGAAGUCACCAAGAGACCGGCACCAGACGCCGAGUGCUCGUCGUGGCCCGCUAAGAAACAGCGGCAGGGGCCUUCAGGGAACAAAGGAAAGGAAGAAUCAAAAGACUACUGGAAGCUACCUGACAGGCGGAGGCCCGCUGGAGAAAAGCAGCAACAGUUCUCCGCUGAAGAGAGGCACGCCGUGAGUCUCCUUCAGGAGGCAGGCGUCCCUCUCCUCGACGAGCGACAGGAAGCCCUGCUGAGCAGCAAAGCGCACGAGACUCUGGGCGCCGGGGCCUUCGGCUCCUGCUGCAAGGUGUGGGACCCUCACAGCGGUGAGGAACUGGUCAUCAAGACCUACUACAGUGGCAGCGUGGGGGACCUCGUGAAGGAGGCGUCCAUCCUGCAGAGGCUGCAGGUGGUGGCCGGGGUACAGCGACUGGUCGGCGCCUGCGUCAGGAGGCGUUGGCUAGUAACUCGCUACGCUGGGCUGACUGUUGAGAGAUAUUUCGCAACAGACCCCUCGCUGCCAGACCUGCUGAGCGUCGUGCUGCAAGUCGCCCGCACGCUGCAGGAACUGGCCAGGGAAGGCUACGCCCACAACGACAUUAAGGGCGAUAACUUGUGUGUGCGCAACGGCAGUCAAGGCCCAGAGGCCACCGUGAUAGACUUGGGCGUGGCCGAGCGACCGGACAUGAGGCAGAUAAAUAGGAAUGAGGAGCCGGAGCCCUUCACGUCAUGGCUUGUGCCGAGGCUGCCUCUGGACGUCCCCCCGUGGAUCAGGGACAUAGACACAUACGAUCUGGCCAGCAUCAUUCGCCACGCGCUGGCCAUGCACGGAGGCCUCAGUAGUGCCCCGUGCCUCUCCCCCAUCAGGGCCUGGGUGAACGCCGUAAUCAGGCCGGGGCCCGGCGAGCGCCCGACCCUCCAGGCGCUGAUCCACAUGCUGGAGGCGCUGCUGGAGGCGCUGCAAGGCGGCCAGACGCAGGGAGGGGCGGCGGUCACCCUCCCUCCCGGCGGCGGCGGCCUGACGGAGCAACGGGCAGCAAACACGCCCCUUCAAGCCGGCGGCGUCCAUGCACAAAGACGGGCUGCGGUCACGCCCCGUCUGAAUGGCUGUGGCCUGAACAGACGUGCAACAAAGGAAGAGGGCAGCGAUGGGGACGAAGGUUCAGAAUACCACUAAUAAGGAAGAA